AGAGAGGAAAAGAAAAAAUAAGGAAAGAAAUUCGACGUCUCUCUCACACUCUGUAUCUCGAGAGCUUUCAAUGCCUCCUUUGAUAAACAAAGCCACAAAAUCUCCAGACACAAGUCCUCAUCACCGCCCAAAAACCCUCAGGAAGCAAACCCCACCCAAAUCAAAAGCAUGGAUUCCCAGUUCACCGGCAGAGCCACCGGAAAUGCCUUCCCUGGCCGAGUGGACAUCGAUCAGAUGCCUGAAAUUCCGCAGCGUGGUUCCCAUCACCGACGGGCCCAGUCUGAAACCGUCUUCCGAUUUAACGACGACAUCCUUUUCGAUCCUGAUGUCGACUUCAACCUCUCCGCCCUCGACAUCCCUUCUCUCUCCGAAGAUAACAACAACAGCAACGGUGGCGUCCCCAUGACCAUCGAUUCCGCCAAAUCCGAUGAUUCUACCGGCGACAAGGGCAAGCCCAAGUUGGCUGGUGGGCCCCAUUUCCGGAGCCUCUCCGUCGAUGCUGAUUUCUUCGAGGGUUUAGGGUUUCAACCGUCGCCGGUCGGUGGUGGUAGCGGUGGAGCUGAAUUUGACAAGUUUGGCGGGAAAAGUGGAGUCCCUGAGAAGAGGAUGCAUAGGCAUAGCAGUUCCAUGGAUGGUUCGUCUUCUUCCUUCGAGGUUGAGUCGGCUGAGAGUAUUAAGAAAUCCAUGGGACCUGAUAAGCUUGCGGAGUUGGCCUUGAUUGACCCAAAGAGAGCCAAAAGGAUUCUGGCAAACCGGCAAUCUGCAGCACGGUCGAAGGAGAGGAAGAUUCGAUAUACUGGUGAACUGGAGAGGAAGGUGCAGACACUUCAAACUGAGGCAACCACCCUCUCAGCACAAGUUACAAUGCUGCAGAGAGACACAACUGGUUUGACUACCGAGAACAAAGAACUCAAAAUGAGGUUGCAGGCUAUGGAGCAACAAGCACAGCUACGAGAUGCUCUGAAUGAAACCUUGAGGGAUGAAGUACAGCGGCUUCGGAUAGCUACUGGACAAUUACCAAUUGUCAAUGGUAACUCCUUCAACCAAGGAUUGCCUACCCAGUUCUUCCCUGGAUCCCAGGCUCUGAGCCAUUUUGGCAAUCAUCAGACCCACCGGCAGCUCCGCACUCAGACAUCUCCCAAUGGUCAGCCCCAACAGGAUUUCCAGCAGAGGACCUAAUUGCAUCCUUGGCCCAAUAAAUUUGGUGCCAAAGUGUCCUUUUUAUGACAAAUUGGUAAUCACAAGUAAGAAGCUAAAUUAUUGUAGGUUGGUUUUGUAUAUAGACUGUAUAUUAGUAUAUGUAUAUGUUUAUGUGGUGCAGGUAGGGUUGUGAAGAGUGUCUUAACUUGGAUCAGUCCCUUGCAUCUUUUUUACAUAUAGGUAUGCUUUCCUUAGAAUCUGAAUAAUGUAGCAGAUCGAUUAGCUUCUGAUGGACUAUGUGGAUGGUGGAUGGAUGAACAUUGUUGUCAAAUUCUAAUUAGGAAAUGUUGGAGACCAGUUACCUUCA